CCCAGUAGUAGGACAAAAAGUAGCCGGCAAGCCGCAUCACUCUUCACCGCAGAGGGUUUGACUGCAGUCAACUGAAGAAGUUCCACAGCUGGCGGGCGACGCUCCCGAGCCGCCGGAGUAACGACCUGCAUAACUGAUCUGAUCUGAUGACAGAGAGAGACACAGACACACAAAGAGAGAGACACAGAGACACAGAGAGAGAGACACAGAGAGACAGAGAGAGAGACACAGAGAGAGAGGAGGAAGGUUUCCACUGUCAACUCACAAAAGGUGCCUCCAGACUUCAGUCAUUACUCCUGACUUGCAGAGAGUCACGAUGGCCGACCGCUUCGACUGCGACAGUUGCAAAGAAUCCCUGUACGGCCGCAAGUACAUCCAGUCCGAUGACAGCCCCUACUGCAUUCCCUGUUACGACAGCUUGUUCUCAAAUACAUGCGACGAGUGCAAAGAACUGAUCGGCCAUGAUGCAAGGGAGCUCUUUUAUGAGGACCGGCAUUAUCACGAGCACUGCUUCCGCUGUUUCCGCUGCGACCGCUCGUUGGCAGACGAACCCUUCACCAGCCAGGAUGAGGCAUUGCUCUGCAAUGACUGCUACUGCAAUGAGUUCUCCUCCAAGUGCGUGGCCUGCGACAAGAUUGUGAUGCCAGGCACCAGAAAGUUGGAGUAUGGAGGCUCCACAUGGCACGAGGCCUGCUUCAUCUGUCACAGCUGCGAACAGCCGAUCGGCUCCAAGUCCUUCAUCCCUGACAAGGACGAGCACUACUGUGUGACCUGCUACGAGGACAAGUUCGCCCCGCGCUGCACGCGCUGUAAAAAGACCCUGGCUAAAGGCGGUGUGACUUAUCGCGAGGAGCCGUGGCACAAGGAGUGUUUUGUGUGCACCAGCUGUAAGACGCAGCUGGCGGGUCAACACUUCACCUCCCGAGACGACAGCCCCUACUGCCUCAAGUGCUUCGGCAGCCUGUACGCCAAGAAGUGCGAGGCCUGCAGCAAACCCAUCACAGGUUUUGGAGGAGGAAAGUACAUCUCAUUUGAGGAUCGUCAGUGGCAUCAGCCGUGCUUCACCUGCUCCCAGUGCUCUGUGUCACUGGUGGGCGCCGGCUUCUUCCCUGAUGGUGAAAGGAUCCUGUGCCGUGACUGCAAUACCAACCUAUAGAGCUUUUCAAUCACGAUAUUUUUCGCCCUCCUCCCCUUGACUUACCCUUUGCUCUUUGCCACAGCAUUUCAAGAACCCCAAGUCCAUUACCGAGGAAGGUAACACAGGCUAACUAAUGUUGCCUCUCAGACAUCAGCUCCUCCCUGUCUAGAUCAAACAUUUCAACCAGGAGCUGGUGUGCAAAAUCCUGUGCUGAUGCGCCAUCAUUUGCAUGAACCACAGCACAGAUUUUAACCAAAAAGUGAAUUAUUUUGUGAAACAAAACUAAAUGGCGUGCCUUGAAAAAACAUACAUUUCUUAUGUUGCUAUGUCUUAUUAAACCAAAGAAAGAUGCAAAAUGCUAGUCACUUUGCAAACAAAUUCCCUUCAUAUUUUAUAUAAAAUAAGUUGCCACUUCAGGUAGAGGUCGGGCUCUGAUGAGAAGACGCAGAACACUGAUACAGUAUAGAAUAUAAACCUUGCUGUUUGUAUUUUCAAAGUAUGUUGUAGUUACUUUUCUAAUGCUCUUAUAACUGCAGUUUUAUGCAUUUUGAAUGUUGCUUCUUCUCACAUGUCAGUUGUCUGUCUGUGAUGUAUGUGUGGCUUUUAUGCGUCUUGAACAAGUUAUUGUAGAUAAUGACGUAGAAGGAGUUGUGACACUGCUGGACCAAUAUUAAGAAAAAAGGAAAUGUGUCAUUCAGUGAGACAGUCAUGAUCUAUGAAGUCAAUUGCACUUUGGAUUAUUGCUACCAUGGUUAUAUGCACAUGAAAACAAAAUUCAAGGACAUGGCUCAAGACACAUAAAGCUCUAUAUUUGUUAUGUAUCUGCUUGUGCAACUUUUGCAAUGACACUUAUUUUACAUUAUGUUACAUCGUUUCUUUAAUUUGUUGUAACAAUUGUUUUGUUUUUAAUCACCUUUGCUCAAAGAGCCGGCGUUUAUAACCCAAAAGAAGCUGAAAGGAAAUGCAACCGUUACCGUUGGUUGUAUUGCAGGAGCGUGCAUGUCUCCAUCUGCCAUGAUUUGCCACAGUAAUUAUUUUGUCACUGUAAACACUGUUGGUGUUUUUUGAUUGUCAGUUUUCAACUUGUAUAUAAAAAAAAAAUUCUAAACAAAAAAAACAAAAAAAAACAACUUAUAUUUCAUUAUUUCAGCUUUGAUGCUGGUGAGUCAGAGUUGGCAAGUAUGCAUUUUAAGAUGAAAAAAUAAGGAGUCAAGGCCAUGACAGUAUGAACUUACUGUAAAGCAAAAAGAUGAUGGUUGAUAUGACUAAAUGCUACAAUGGUUAGUCUUACUUGUGAAGUUUUAUUAAAUACAUUUACAUCAA